GUGUUGCAGGGCUGGACAAGCGACUCGACGAUCGAGAGGUUACAUCGGAAGCAUAUUAAUCCCAUGGCUGUCACGGAUAUGAACAGGUUCUUCGACGACAAAGCGGAGCCAGGCAUCGUAACGGACAUGCAAGUGGCGGAGGAUUCGAGACAUCGGUACAACGAGGAAGUUCAGGUGUACGAGCUGACUGGGGGCGUGGAAUUGGUGCCGCUUUUGACUAGCAGGCGUUAUUACUCGCAGCCACAAAGCACUCGUUACGUCGCGACCGACGCUACGCGGCCUGGAUACUCGAUACAGCCAUUACGAAGGCUGGGGAUCGGGAAUCGCGAGUACAUCGGCGAGCUCGUCGAGCAAAUGCGACGGAAGCGGGAGCACGCACUGGAGGAACGACGGAUGGAACAAGAGAGCUGUCGCAGGCACUUCGAUACCUGGAGGAGGCUCUGGGGUCGGCCAGGCCACGGUGCUCCCAUAGAUCAUGCCCACCGUAACAAUCUAUACAACAUUCUCUACCGUCCAGCCAUCUAUUGAAUUUCCGUGGCGCCGCGUGCGUCACGGAACAGGGGCCUGACGUUGCUCCUCGAGUCACGGAGCGGAAGGAGCCCCGCCUUCGCCGAGGAUGGGAUUUCCACGGAAGAUAACCGGCGGAGAUAAAAGAAAGGACGCGUGUCGUCGGGGAUAGGACGCGUUGCGGAUAUUUCGGGUCUAUGGUUUGCCUUGGAGCGUUGAUUCGCAGAUAUUCGGGAUUUCUCUAUUAACCCUUUGCGGAGGAUUCUAAAUCUAGAAUGAUUUAGAUGAAGCUAAAUUGUACAUCGAUUG